AGAGUUUCUUUGCUACCGAAACUUUGGUCGACGCAAGUAAUCAGGUUGAUAACGUAAAUGGUUUAAGCCACAGGUUUACAGGGAUGGACGGUGACAGAAUGGAGGUGGGACACCAGAAAGAAAACAUCCAUGUGGAGGUCCAUGUUAAAUCUCACAGCACAGCUAAACUGUGUGAGGUAAGAAUGCAUAUUCUGGCUCUACUGAAUCGCCACAGCAUGGUUUUUGGAAACUACAGAUGGACAGAGUUUGAUGAGGACUUCCUGCAGAAACACGUGGAAUCUGUGACUAUAGUUGAUCUCGAGGAACUGGUAACACAGCCCCUUGAUUUGAAGAGCUGCUCUGUCUCCGUUCACAUCUUCACUCUGAAUGAGGAUGGACCCAGCACGCUCAGUUUGGAGGAGGAUGAGGAGCUUUCAGCAGCCAAUCACUGGUUGCUGCCAGCAGCUGAAUUCCAUGGGAUUUGGGAGAGUCUAGUAUAUGAGAGUGGAGUCAAAACCCAGCUCCUGGAUUACGUCACAACAACAAUUUACUUCUCAGACAAAAAUGUCGACAGCAACCUGAUUUCGUGGAACCGCGUUGUGCUGCUUCACGGACCCCCAGGCACAGGGAAAACAUCACUGUGCAAAGCUCUCGCCCAGAAGCUGUCGAUCAGACUGUCAAGUCGGUAUUCUUAUGGGCAGUUUGUGGAGAUAAAUAGCCACAGCUUGUUCUCAAAGUGGUUCUCAGAGAGCGGUAAGCUGGUCACGAAGAUGUUUCAAAAGAUCCAACAACUGAUUGACGACAAAGACGCUCUCGUGUUUGUUCUGGUAGACGAGGUGGAGAGUCUGACAGCAGCUCGGAGCGCCUGCCAGGCGGGAACAGAGCCCUCUGACGCCAUCCGAGUGGUCAACUCCGUUCUCACUCAACUGGACCAGAUCAAACGACAUUCCAACGUCGUGAUCCUGACGACCUCCAAUGUGACGGACAAGAUCGACUUGGCGUUUGUGGACAGAGCUGACAUCAAGCAGUACAUCGGACCUCCAUCUGAGAAGGGCAUCUACAACAUCUACCUCUCCUGCCUGGAGGAGCUGAUGAAGUGCCAGAUCAUUUACCCCCGGCAGCAGCUGUUUACCAUGUUUGAGCUGGAGACGAUGGGCUUCGCAAAGAGCGAGGUGUCCGAGCACAGUCUGAACCUGAGGAACAUUGCUCUAAAAAGCAAAGGUUUGAGUGGAAGAGCACUCAGGAAGCUACCAUUUCUAGCCCACGCACUGUUUGUAAGGACACCGACGGUGACUCUCGAGAGGUUCCUGGAGGCUAUGGACCAAGCAGUGGAUAAACAGAAGGAGGAAAAAGCUAACCUGGUCAACGGCGUCUGAACUUAUUACAAUGCCCAAAGGCUGACGCAUGAUUGUUCAUGAGCU